GUGGUGACCGUGGCUGUUUACAGCUUCUUCCUGGCCUGUCUGAUCGGGAGGCAGUUCCUGGACCCAGAGAAGGCCUACCCUGGCCACGAGCUGGAUCUCUUCGUGCCCGUCUUCACCUUCCUGCAGUUCUUCUUCUACGCUGGCUGGUUAAAGGUGGCCGAGCAGCUCAUCAACCCUUUUGGGGAGGACGAUGAUGACUUUGAAACCAACUGGCUCAUCGACAGGAACCUGCAGGUCUCCCUCAUGGCGGUGGAUGAGAUGCACCAGGAUCUCCCCAUUCUGGAGAAGGAUCUCUACUGGAACGAGCCAGACCCCCAACCCCCCUACACCGCAGCCACCGCCGAGUACAAGCGCCCGUCCUUCCUUGGCUCCACCUUUGAUAUCAGCAUGCAGAAAGAAGAGAUGGAGUUCCAGCCCCUGGAGCAAAUUAAGGAGAACGAGGAGGCCAACCACUCCACACCACUCCUGGGACACCUCGGCCGCCUCCUCGGCGUCCAGUCGCCGAGUUUCUCCAGGUCCUCCUCCCGGAUGAACCUCCUGAGGAGGCGAGGAGACGCCACCUCCCCCUUCUCCCACUACACUUACCAAGACGUGGGCAAGCCCGGGAGCCCCGGGGGCCUCAACCCUCCGAGGGGAGACUGCAGCUCCCAGGACCAGUGGGACAGCGAGGACAGGAAGCUGCGGGACCUGGACGCCUUCAUGUCCACCCCGUUUUACGAGAGGCCCGGUUUCUACAGCGCGCCCCAGACGCCCAUCAGCUCCAUCCCCAUGAUCUUCCCCUCCAGGCGCCAAGGCCGUAAGAAGCCCCCCGCCCUCUCCAGCAUCAUGGCCUGCUCCUCCUCCCUCAGGGAUGUCAUCGCCAACCCCUCGCCCUCCCGGGCCAGCGACACCUACAAGAGCCAGAGCUCCCUGGGCUCGGGGGCCAGGGAAACCUUCGUCUGGCCCACGGAGCGCUGCAAAGGGCCCGAGGCGCUGGUUGGAGCUGUGGAAGAAAAGAGCGGCUCUAACGGGAAGAGCAGAGAGGUUGCCACCACGGGGAGCCCAGGGGCUCAGUCCACCACGUCAGACAGCCCCAAAUUCCCCUUCCUGGCCGAGUCCCCGGAUCAUGAGAAGCAGGGGAGCUUCAAGAGCCUGAAGAGCUUGAAAGCUGCCCACCCCCCCCGGCUAAGCCUGGAGAACUCGGCCUCAGGGCCCCCCAGCUCGGAGCAUUCCAGCACCUUCCACACCCCCAGCACCAAAACCCCCGCCGGCAGCACCUCCCUCUGCUUCUCCUUCACCCCCGUCACCUCCCCAGCCCUGGAGAGGUCCCACAUGGCAAACGUGGGCCCCGACCCCCUCAGCUUAGAGGACGGGGCCAGUGCUCCAGCCCAGCACCCAGCAGAGGGCUCCAGGAGCACGAGAGAGGCUGGAAACGGGAGCAGCAACACUGCCCCCACCAAGGAGCCCCGGAGAGCAGAGAGUCCCUCCCCCAACGACUCGGGCAUCUCCCUGGCUGAGGGGGACUACGUGGGGCUCAUGGAGGUGAUCAUGGAGACCGGCGAGAGCACGUGUGAAGAGCAGCUGGACCCGUACAGCUAG